AAUGUGGCGCCAAGCGAAGCUGCCACUGGGAUCCGUGCAGUCAUCUAUAGGCACCAAGAGUCGGACAACAAUUAUGUGGAGAUUGCGCAAACAGAAACUGUUUUUGAGCAGACCAAUGUCACAUUUCAACAUCGAUGUCCUCUAACUUAUCGAUUUGAUAGGCUAGAAAGGCUUAAAGUUGCUGUGUUUUGCGUAAAAGAUGACAGUGGCAUCUUCAGUCAUCGAAUUGGUGAAGUCUACACAGAUGUAGCUACCAUUAUCGCCAAAGGAACUUCCAUCUCACUUCCCUUGUCUCCUUCUGCUGCUAUUGAUCUCUAUAUCACUGUUCCUGGCUUUUAUUCGCACUAUGUCAAGCUAAAAUUCUGUGGAAAUCAUUUGCAAAUUCACGAGAAUUUGCCAUUGGCUGCUUACAUGGUAUUUGUUCUGAAAACUGAGAAUCGUACGAUCCUUCUGCAUAAGAGCGAAGUUGUAAAAGCAAAAAAUCCAAAAUGGAAAGAAUUUUCCGUUCCACUCUACGUGAUACAGUUCUUUCAACAAGGAGCUUUGCAAAUCUUUUGCUAUAACCAGAAUGUGAACGCGGCAGACACAUUGAUAGGCUUUUGCAACACUUCUAUGGCUCAGUUGGAGCGAGGAGUUGGCGCUCUGAAUUCAUACAUGGUAAAUGGCCUCCUGAUGAACUUUGAAGGGAAACGUAUGCAUGACAAAAUGUCUAUUGAUCUGGAGUUGAUGGAAUUGGUUCAGGGGGAGUCAUUCUUUAAUGCAAUCAAGGAAGGUACUCUUAAUCCUACAAUCUUCCUCGUCAUGAUCGGUGUGUCCAGGCUUAUUGCAAAGCGCAGUCUUGUUGUACUUUUUAGCACUCAACUACAUCUCACCACGGCAAUAGAUUUAUCGGCCUCAAAUGGAAACCCAAACGAGCCCGGUUCUCUCCAUUUUAUUCAUCCACACACACAAAGCCCUUAUUUCAAUGUGAUGCUUCGCCUAACGCCAUUGUUCCUUAGUUAUAUGGCUAAUUCCAGAAUAGGUAUGCAAGUCGUUGAAGGCAGUGCACUUGGUUUCGGCGCACGAACACAGCCUCGAUUUGAGUUGUCGCAGUGUUUUGCACUGGUGAGCACUUCUAUCUCAAGUUUGCAUGCAUAAUU